AUGGGUGCGGUGCGGCGCUCCACGGCGCUGGCGCUGGCCGCACUCGCCGCGCUCCUGCUGCUGCUGCUGGCGCGACUCCCGCCCGGACCUCCAGCGCCGUCGGUGCCGCGCCCGCGCCCGCUAGUAUCCGCGCCUCUUACUCUUACUCUUCGAUCCUCUCCGUCCCCGUCCCCCUCCCCCUCCGUCGCGUCGGCGCCCGUCUCGCUCACUCCUCCGCCUCCCACCAACCGCACCACCGCCCGUCCGACCGCAACGCGUCGCACUCCACCUCCUCCGCCUCCGCCCAAACCGAAACCCGCGGCGGCCGCGGCCAACGUCUCCCAGCCCGCGAAAUCUUCGCCGCGGCCGGUCCUCACCGGCGACGUGUACGUGGCCGGGCACGAGCGGCCGCACCCGGAGCUGUGCCCCGCGCUGGGCGCCCGGCUGCGGCUCAUGAUACUGGUGACGUCGGCGCCCUCCCACCGCGCCGCGCGCGACGCCAUCCGCCUCACGUGGGGCCACUACGGAACGCGGACCGACGUCGCGAUCGCGUUCGUGCUGGGGGCCCCGCCCGACGCGCUGCGCCCCGCGCUCGAGACCGAGGACGCGCUGUACUCGGACCUCAUCGUGAGCCGUUCGCUCGACUCGUACUCCAACCUGACGCUCAAGACGCUGUCGAUGCUCGAGUGGAUGGACGCGUACUGUCCGCGCGCGCCGCGCCUGCUGAAGACGGACGACGACAUGUUCAUCAACGUGCCGCGGCUCCUCGACUUCGCGUUCGCUCCCGCGCGAGCGAACGCCAGCUCGACCGUGUGGGGGAGGGUGAUAAAAAAAUCGCUGCCGAAGCGCACGACCCGCUCGAAAUACUACGUGUCGCCGGUGCAGUACCCGGCGCGGGUGUUCCCGGACUUCGCGACCGGGCCCGCCUACCUGAUGACGGCGGACGCGAUCCGGCCGCUGCUGGAGGCGGCGCCGAGCGAGCGCUACCUGCGACUGGAGGACGUGUUCGUGACGGGCGUGCUGGCCGCCCGGCUGAAGAUCCGUCGCGUGCACGCGCCCGAGUUCUACAACAAGAAGUUGGCGCUGCACCCGUGCGCCGUCCAGCGAGCCAUCUCCAUACAUAUGGUGCGAUACCACGAGCAGUUCGACCUCUGGCGCAAACUGCUCGACGGAAAGACCAAGUGCACUUGAACGCGAGAUCGGCAUCCGAGUCGAUGGUAGUCUUGUGCACCGUGAGCGCCGCGUGCCAUACGGAAACCGAUAAUGUUUUCCGAUUACUGCCGGAGAUAUAGUGGAGUUUGACUGUCGGAAUAGGUCGAACGUUGAAAUCUAUGGUGUGUGAUGCUAGCUGCGCAUUGCGUAUGUUUCGAGUACCUGUUUUGUGUAGAAGUUUUACUUUUAUAACGUUUUAUUUUUGUGGAUUUUUAUAUUAUGUAUAAAUAGUGCGUUCCCCGGUCCGAUCGUGAUAUAAAUGAUAUUAGAAUCUGACGUGAUCGCAUCCCGGACAUUGUGGUCCUGGAAAAAUUAUGCAUGUUUUGCGUGUUCGAUUAGACUAGUUUAUCUUGUAUUGAAAUACGAAAGAAUACUCUGUAACCGUAACACGUUUAGUUUUGUACGCGCCUAUUUAAUGUGUAAAAUGUAUCACAAAUUAUUUUUAAAUUGUUAUAUUUGACGAAGGAUAGUGUGGUGUCUAUGGCAGCUUCGUGCUAAAGUACAAAACGCCGCCCCUCGCCCGCCGCGCGAUCCAUUAUCAUUUAUUAGUGACUAUACAUGAACAAACCUAAUGAUAUAGGAGUCCA